AUGCCACAUGCAGACUUUAGAACUUUAGAAAGAGAAGAGCGGUUUCAAAACCCGCCAAAGGACAAGUCUGCUUUUCCUUUAUUGCAGAAUGCCGUGGCACCACAUAUUGGCUCGUUCAACGCCUUGACUGAUGGACCAGAUGGAGGGUUGUUGAACAUUGCUGUUAAGGAUAUUGGUGCCAAGACUAUUUUUGACUCAACAGACGAGGAGAGAUUGGGCAAUAAAUUGAAGAUCUGGGUUGAGUCAGUCUCUUUGGCCAAGCCUAGUGUUGCUAGUACCGAUAGAUUAUCCGUAAACAGAAAAACUUUCCCCUCAGAAUGCAGAGAAAGAAUGACCACUUAUAGAGCAAAGCUUGUUUUGAAUGUUGCGUGGACCAUUAAUGACGGCGAACAGCAUAAUAUGAUUAGAGAAGCUGGCCAGAUCCCCAUUAUGGUCAAAACCAAUAGAUGUCACUUGGAGAAAUUGUCGCCUGAACAGUUGGUGCAAGCAAAGGAAGAGAGUGACGAGCUUGGUGGAUACUUCAUUGUUAAUGGUAUUGAAAAAUUAAUUCGUAUGUUGAUUGUGCAAAGGCGAAAUCACCCAAUGGCGCUUAUUCGUCCUUCCUUUGGUAAUAGAGGUGCAUCGUACUCCAAGUUUGGUAUUCAAAUACGUUGUGUUCGUCCAGAUCAAACAUCACAAACCAAUGUGUUGCACUACUUGAAUGAUGGUAAUGUUACCUUUAGAUUCUCUUGGAGGAAAAACGAAUACUUGGUGCCAGUAAUGAUGAUUUUGAAAGCACUUGUUGAAACCAACGAUCGUGAAAUUUUCGAUGGUAUUGUUGGACACGACACUCAAAACUCGUUUUUAACUGAUCGUCUUGAACUUUUGUUGAGAACUUAUAAAUCUUACAAUUUGAACUCACAGCAAGAAACUUUGGCAUACUUGGGUGACAAGUUUAGAGUUGUUCUUGGUGCAACUCCCGACGUUUCUGACAUUGAAGUUGGAAAAGAAUUGUUGAACAGAAUUGUGCUUGUGCAUUUGGACAAGAAUGAAGACAAGUUUAGAAUGUUGUUGUUUAUGAUUAGAAAAUUGUACUCGCUAGUUGCUGGAGAUUGUGCACCAGAUAACCCUGAUGCAACACAACAUCAAGAAGUGCUUUUGGGUGGUUUCUUGUAUGGUAUGAUUAUCAAAGAGAAAAUCGAUGAGUAUUUGCAAAACUUCAAAUUACAGGUUCAAUCUGACCUAAACAGAGGUGUCGGUGUCAACUUUGAAAACCAGAAAUACAUGACACGAGUAUUUUCAAGAAUCAAUGAAAAUAUUGGUCAAAAAUUACAAUAUUUCCUUUCCACAGGUAAUUUGGUGUCGCAAUCUGGUCUUGAUUUACAACAAGUAUCGGGUUACACUGUUGUCGCCGAAAAAAUUAAUUUCCACCGUUUUAUUUCGCAUUUUAGAAUGGUCCACAGAGGUGCAUUCUUUGCCGAGUUGAAAACCACUACUGUUCGUAAAUUGCUUCCAGAAUCAUGGGGUUUCUUGUGUCCUGUGCAUACACCGGAUGGUUCUCCAUGUGGUUUGCUUAAUCACUUGUCACACAAAUGUGUUAUUGCCACUACUGCAUCGGACGUUUCUCAAGUUCCAAAAGCAUUAACCCAAUUGGGUGUUUUGCCAGCUAAUGCUUAUGCUGCUGGUCCAGAUUUAUGUGUUGUUCAACUAGAUGGUAAAAUUGUAGGAUGGACUACUCACGAACAAGGUAAAAUCAUUGCAGAUACUUUGCGUUUUUGGAAGGUUGAAGGAAGCCACGGUUUGCCUUUGGAUUUAGAAAUUGGUUACGUUCCACCUUCAGUUAAUGGUCAGUACCCAGGUCUUUACAUCUUUGGUGGUCAUUCUAGAAUGAUGAGACCAGUGAAGUAUUUGCCAUUGGGUAAAGAGGAUAUUGUUGGUCCAUUUGAACAAGUUUACAUGAACGUUGCAGUUACCCCCGAAGAAAUUGAGAAUAACGUUCACUCGCAUGUGGAGUUUUCACCAACCAAUAUCUUAUCGAUCUUGGCCAAUCUUACCCCAUUUUCGGAUUUCAAUCAAUCCCCAAGAAAUAUGUAUCAAUGUCAAAUGGGUAAGCAAACUAUGGGUACUCCAGGUACAGCAUUGGUGCAUAGAUCUGACAAUAAGCUUUAUAGAUUGCAAACCGGUCAAACACCAAUUGUCAAGGCCAAUUUGUACGACGAGUAUGGAAUGGACAAUUUCCCCAAUGGUAUGAAUGCAAUUGUUGCUGUUAUUUCCUAUACCGGUUAUGAUAUGGAUGAUGCAAUGAUUAUCAACAAGUCAUCUGAUGAACGUGGGUUUGGUUAUGGUACCGUGUACAAGGUUGAAAAAGUUGAUUUAGGACAAUCAAGAAGAAAAGGUGAUCCAAUCUCACAACAUUUUGGAUUUGGAGAUGACGAGUGGCCUGAGACAUGGAAGGAGAAACUUGAUGACGAUGGAUUGCCACUCAUUGGUGUUAAGGUGGAAGAAGGAGAUCCAAUUGUUGCAUACUUUGACGACACCUUGGGUAAAACCAAGGUCAAGACAUACCACUCUUCAGAGCCUGCAUAUAUCGAAGAAGUCAAAUUACUUGGAGAUGAUGCUGGUGACAAAGAAGCACAACAAAUUACAAUCAAGUACAGAAUCACAAGACAGCCUCAAAUUGGUGACAAGUUUUCCUCGAGGCACGGUCAAAAGGGUGUUUUAUCGAGAAAGUGGCCACAGAUAGAUAUGCCAUUCACCGAAAGUGGAAUGCAGCCAGAUGUCAUUAUCAACCCACAUGCUUUCCCCUCUCGUAUGACAAUCGGUAUGUUUGUUGAAUCGCUUGCUGGUAAGGCAGGUGCAUUACAUGGUAUCGCACAAGAUUCCACGCCUUGGAAGUUUAGUGAAUCUGACACGCCGGCAGACUAUUUUGGUGAUCAAUUGUUGAAAGCCGGGUACAAUUUCCACGGUAACGAACCUAUGUACUCCGGUGCGACUGGUGAAGAGUUGAGGUGUGAUAUCUACAUUGGAUGUGUUUACUAUCAAAGAUUGAGACAUAUGGUCAAUGACAAGUUCCAAGUUAGAUCAACUGGUCCUGUGAACUCAUUGACCAUGCAACCUGUGAAAGGUAGAAAGAGAUCUGGUGGUAUCCGUGUCGGUGAGAUGGAGAGAGAUGCAUUGAUUGGUCACGGUACAGCAUUUUUGCUUCAAGACCGUUUAUUGAACUGUUCAGAUUAUGCACAAACAUCGGUUUGUCGAACAUGUGGAUCUAUCUUGACCACACAGACAUCGGUGCCUCGUAUUGGUGCUAUGGCUUCCAUAAGGUGCAGAAGAUGUUCGGUAAGAUUAGACAAAUACAAAGGUUUUGCUAAGGACUCUGAGAUCUGGGAAGAUGGUCAUAAUGUGAAAUGGGUCGGUGGUGACAACACUACAACCGUUGCCAUACCAUUUGUUUUGAAGUAUUUGGACAGUGAACUAUCUGCGAUGGGUAUCAAGAUGCGUUACAACGUUGAGCCAAAGUAA